UCAAACCACUCAUUACUUUUGAUGUUUUCGUGUACUUUGCCUUAACUGAAUUCACAAAUUUAAGGGUAUCCCAUCAUAAUAAACCUGCCAUAGUAAAAGGACGUUUAAAAGUUAUAGUUCUUGACUUAGCAACAUGUCACUUCUGAGAUAAAUUGAUGCUGACGCGGUUUAAAGGUAAGUUUUGGGUGGAUGCCAACAGUGGCCACACCUCGAGAUAAUGGCCAUGAGUUGAUUCUUGUACUCAGUCAAUAUCAGAGAGCCACUCACUGCUGGAGAGAGGGUGCCCGAAGCCUGCUGAACGCAUUCACACAGACUGUUGCCCUGACAAGGACACGAUGGACUGAGUGGAAUGCACCUUUUCUUAACCUUCUAAAGUUUCCCUUCCAACAUUAAAAGACAGACUGGUAAACUUCUGAGAAGCCAAUCAAAGCUGAACCCAUGGAUUGGAAGUUUCUCCAGGAUCUUCUCAGCGGAGUCAACAAGUACUCCACUGCCUUUGGACGUAUCUGGCUAUCAGUGGUCUUCGUCUUCCGGGUGCUGGUCUUUGUUGUGGCUGCAGAGCGCGUCUGGAGCGAUGACCAGGCACACUUUGAGUGCAACACCCUCCAGCCAGGUUGCAAGAACAUCUGCUAUGAUUACUACUUUCCCGUCUCCCACAUCCGCCUCUGGGCUCUCCAGCUUAUCUUCGUCACCUGCCCUUCCUUCAUGGUCGUGCUGCACGUGGCCUACAGGGAAGACCGUGAACGCAAGUACCGAGCCAAGCACGGCGAGGACACGCGGCUGUACGACAACCCAGGCCAAAAGCAUGGCGGCCUAUGGUGGACUUACCUCAUGAGCCUCUUCAUUAAGACCAGCUUUGAGAUCACUUUUCUUUACUUGCUACACUACAUCUACGACAGCUUCAAGCUGCCCAGGAAGGUCCAAUGUGAUGUCAGCCCCUGUCCUAAUUUGGUGGACUGCUACAUAUCUCGUCCCACUGAGAAGACCAUCUUCACAUACUUCAUGGUGGGGGCGUCCGUCAUGUGUGUAGUGCUCAACAUCUGUGAGAUUUUCUAUCUGAUUGCUUCCCGGUUGGUAACUCUCAAAGUUCAAGGCACCUUGCGCACCAAGUCUAGCAGGGUCCGCCCUGACAUGGACUUUGAUGGCUGCAAGUCAUCUCUUAAAUCAUAGCUGGAGACUCAUUUGCCUCCAACUAAUUUAGGGUGAUUCGGGUGAUUAUUUUCCCCAUUUGGGGCAUUUUCAUAAAAUAAAUUGAUUUUAUAUAUAUUCUAUGUCUAAUAUGAAUGUAUAAAUGUAUUGUAUUUUGCCACCAAAAAUCUCAUGCAUAUUAAUGAUAUCGAAAUUCAAAUGAUUCAGCACCAGUUCUGCUGCUGCACAUCCUAAUUGAUCGUUGUUGAAUGAAGAACUGAACCGCUCAUGUUUGUCAUCAUGACAGUAUCCACAACUGACAUUUUAGUUGUUUUGUAUUCACUAAAAAAGUUUGCCAAAGAACUAAAAUAAAGUUGUCCUUGUUUUUUUUUGUUGUUUUUUUUGUUAAUUAUUGCAACUUUGAUAAAAACACAGCAAAUGUUCGUCCAUGUGUGAGACCUGAUUUAUCCUUCUUUGA